AGUUUCUCAGCAACUUCCCAAAGGCUUUUUACAAAGAGCGGCUGCUUGUGAACUUCACCUCUCACCUCGAGGUCCGGUCGUGAGGUUCUAGCUGCCAAUACAGCGUUUGAGUUUUGGCCCUGGACCCUUUGAUUAGGCUUGACCUCCUGUCCAAGCCUGAGACUGUGAGUGGAGCAGAGAUCUGUUGCCAGGUCAGUAUUGACUGCUAUCUGUUUACAUACAGAGUGGAGCAGUGAAGGGCCUUGCUGUCUCCGUGUCCCCUGUCAGUCAUAAAACACCACCAUGCCCACUGCAGUAACACAGAAGACUGUACUCAGUAUGCACCGCUGUCUCCUCCACGUCCCUCUGGUUCUGGUGCUGCUAAGUUACGGUGAGGUGGCAACAGCCAGCAGUGAGGAGCCUGGUGUCCGUGAAGCCCGUUCGGUUGGUAAUGAAGCCAUAGUUCAUCCGGUGGACUGUGCCCUGUCUGAAUGGAGCUCAUGGACAAGCUGUGAUGUCUGUCAGAAGAAGAGGUAUCGCUAUGCUAAGCUCACCCGCCCGUCUCAGUUUGGAGGGGAGGUGUGCAACUUUCACGGCAGGGAGGAGGAGCCGUGCACUCUCCCGGCCCGUUACACCUGCAGCAACAAUGUCCCCCUGUGUGAGGGCUUCCUCUGUACCACAGGGCGCUGUAUUCCCAGGACUCUGCAGUGUAAUGGGGACGAUGACUGUGGGGACAUGUCUGAUGAGCGGGGGUGCAAGAAUGUCCAUAAAGCCUGCAGGCAGGAAACAGAGGAGUACUGGGGGAUUGAAAACCUUGCCAAAGGAAUCAACAUCAUGAACAGCAACCCCCAGGGAGUGGUGAUUGAUAACCGAUAUUACGCUGGCAGCUGCCUGCCCCAUUACAUCCAGGACGCCAGAUUCAGGAAACCUUACAAUCUGCAGCAGUACACCCUGCAGACAAAAGGCACGUAUGAUUUCACCCUGCGGGCUUUCCGGUCGUACUCCGACUACUUUGAUUACUCCGAGAGGGAGCGCACCAGAAAAAUCUCCAUCUCCCUUGGCUUUGCCAUCCCUGGUGUGGCCGAGUUUGGCUUCAACUACAACGAGAACAAAUACUCCAAGUCCAUCCAGAAGAUCCGCCGUUUUUCUGGAAAGGAAAAUAGCUUCGUGCAGGCCACAGCUGAAAUAGAGCUGGCCCAGUACAUCCUCAAGUCAGAAGGACUGAUGCUGCACCCUGAGUUCCUGCAGCGGCUGCACUCUCUGCCACAGUCCUACGUUUACGGGGAAUACCGGCAGAUCUACAGAGACUACGGCACCCAUUACAUUACAGAGGCUGCUCUCGGAGGACACUACGAGCACACCCUCAUUUUGGACAAGGAGAGACUCGAAAAGACAGAUUACAGUCUGGACGACUACAAGAACUGUGUGCAGGCAGGCCUCAAAGUAGGGGCCAACAUAAAAGGAGUCUACGUGUCAGUCGGAGCAGAGGGUGGGCGCUGUGACGGCCUACUCAAUGAAAUGGGCGAGGAUACGGUGCAAGGCAGCAUGGUGGAGGACUUCGUUGCUAUUGCGAAAGGCGGUGAUAGCGAAUCCGUCACCGCGCUGGUGGCCAUGAAGCUUCCCACCCCACAGCUGAUGAGGCUCUGGGGUGAAAGCGUGCGUUACAAUCCCGACUUCAUUCGCAGCACGACACGGCCGUUGUAUGACCUGGUGAGUUCCAGAGACUUUGUCAAUUACAGCAGCCUGAAGAGAAACCUGAAGCGAGCCCUGUCAGAGUACCUGGGGGAGGCCAGCUCCUGCCGCUGUGUUCCCUGCCAUAACAACGGAGUGGCUGUCUUGAGAGGUACCAGGUGUGACUGUGUUUGUCCCAAUGGUUAUAGUGGAAGGGGCUGUGAAAUCACCCAGAGAAGAAAGUCUAUCUCCAUUGAUGGCAGUUGGAGUUGUUGGGGUGCAUGGUCAUCCUGCAGCAGCAGAUCGAAGCACAGGAGUCGCCAGUGUAACAAUCCUGUGCCCAGCAAUGGAGGCAUGGCGUGCAGAGGCCUGCAGCAGGAGUCUGCUGAAUGCGUUUAAAAUCUGUCUGGUGUUCAUUUUGUCAGCCUGGACGUAAAGAUGUCCAAUAACUGGACUGAAAGUGGGAGACGUGUCUGUGAUUUGUCUUAACUUCCCUGUGGGAGUUGACUGGAAAGUGGUUUAUAUCUGAUGACAUUUACACACAAGUAAACAAAAACCCGGGAAAAGGUAUAUGUACUGUUUGACUGCUGUUUCAUUCAUGAUGGCAAAAUGAGAGACUUGUCUUUUUCUACUCCGGAGCUUUAAAAGUAGACUUGACA